AGAAAUUAGAAUCUACCCAGUUUUUCAGACCAUGUACGGGCACACGUUCAGGCUCGUAUGGAAUGGGGGUCAAAAAAUUAUUAUUAUCUUCUUAUGACUGGUCAGAGGCUUUCUUUUCUUUAGUCAAACUUCCAAAACUCCCCCAACACCGCCGAAUCUUUAAAGAACAUUCCAUUUCUAUUUCUGUCUCUUAGAACACUCUCCACCUUCUAUCUUCGCUUUCACUCGCUCUGUUCUCGCUUAUUUCCCAUCCUUCACCGGCGGCGGAGAGCUCCCCUCAUAUCAUUGUAUAUCAUUGUGCCGUCCUGUAGGGAGUGACCCGAGCCCGUCAUGGAUUUGAUGAAGAAAGCCCGGAGCCGAACCUUGCUUUCGAGCAGGGAGCGAGACGAGCCCAUUAUGGAUCUCAUUUUCACAUGGUGGCGCAGCUACAUCUGCUUUCAUCUUCUUUUUGAACUUUCACAGGUAGUGAAGCUGUGGUGCAAUCCUCCAAUGAUUCAUCCAUUGAUUUAUCAGAGGGACCUCUUAUGGACAUGGGAAGUGGUGCAUCUGCAUUGAGCGACUUCGAUCGGUGGAGCUGUGCGACAGUCUGGAGGAUGCUGUUGAACACGACCUGGAGUGUGCUGUCAAACAAGAUCCAGAGGGAGGAACUGAAGCCUGGGGAUCACAUCUACACAUGGAGGCAUAGCUAUAGCUAUGCCCAUCACGGGAUAUUUAUCGGUGACGAAAAUGUUAUACACUUCACACGAGGAGGAGGAAAAGAUCGUAUUAUAUCAAGCUCAUCUCAAUCCCAUCCUUCAAAAAGUACCUGUGCGAUGAACACUGACCAGUCAAGGCUUGAUCGUGUGGUUACUACCAACUUAGAUAAUUUUCUUUUAGGUGGAAAACUUUAUCGAUUUGAAUAUGGUGUUAAUUUAGCUCUCUUUAUUGCCAAAACUCGAGGGGGUACAUGUACCCGUGCCCCUAGUGAUCCUCUUGAAGUUGUCAAGCACCGUUUGUCUUACCACCUCAAGAACGGCUUUGGUGACUACCACCUUUUCAAAAACAACUGUGAAGACUUUGCAAUUUAUUGCAAAACAGGCUUUAAAGUGGCAGACUACAAUUUUAGUAUUGGCAGGAGUGGACAGGCAGCGUCAUUGGUUGUUGCAAUUUUUGCUUUCAUUUGUUCUAAAAUGCGAUCCCCGGCUGUUAGAAUUACUGUUCCUCAUUUUGUUGUUGGUUAUGGCAUUUACUCUGCCUGUAGAUUGGCUUUGGAUAUCAGAGUUGGUCAUAAUGGUGGGGAAGCUGCAGAUGAGAGAUUGGCUGAAGAAGAGAGCGAUGGUAAUUUUAGGCAUCCCGGUAGUGUUAAAUUUAACUCCGUAUUUCUGAUUCUGAAAGGUGUUGCAUAUCAUCUUCUGCUGCUUGCUGUUUGGUGGAUUUGUUGUGUACUGCAGUGGGCUACAGAGCGUAUACGUUUUCAACUCGGCUGGUAUAUAUUGACUGCUACAUUGUGCCGGCUGCUCUUUGUUCCCUUUGAUCCUGAAAACAAGAAAAACAGUCAACUUUUAUCUCUCUUAAAUAAUUUGAGAGCAGUGUUUGUAUCGGCCUUGAGACGAUAAGGCUUAGGGUUCGCAUGAUAAUGAGUUACAAAGCACGUACAGCUAGUGUUGGAUAUCAUUAGUACCUUUUUCUGAACUAUCGUACUGAAAUAUAUGGCGUAAAUCGGCAUUCAAAUUGUGUUUA